AUGCCUACGCCGCAGAAGCGCGCGCAACGCGCCCGUCGAGAGUUGCGUAGUGAUGCCGUUGUUGAAUCCUCACCCCCUCGCCCGACAAAGCGUAGAAAGAAGAAUGGCGAUGCGACCGCCGAGCCAGGUGAGACCUCGGAACCCAUCGACGAAGGGGAUUCUUCGCACGUUGCCGAUCAGUCUGUGGUGGACGAUGAGGACCAGAUCGUCACGCGGGUGACGCAGCAUCUCCUGGCCCCUUCGAUACCGGUGCAAGCCAGCAGAGACCACGCAAACAGCAUCCACGAGUAUAACAAAGAAGGCGUCAAAGCCUAUGCGAAGAUCGCGGCACUCGAUUGGACCUAUUUUAUUACCAAACUUAGUGUCAACAUUGGCCGGUCGUCCGAGCCAUCCCAGCUCCGAGCCGAUCAGGUCAAUGAUGACGAUGCCGUCCACAUCGAUUUGGGGCCCAGCAAGCUCAUCUCGCGCCUGCACGCCGUCAUCUACUUCAACCGCGACCAAGAGAAGUGGUGGUUGCUCGUCAAAGGCCGGAAUUCGCUCAAAGUGGACGGAGUCUUGUGGAAGGCUGGCCAGGCCGGACCCCUGCACAGUGGCGAGGUUAUUGAAAUCGGUGGUGUCGAAAUGAUGUUCGCCCUCCCGACUGAGCUUAGCCCUCUCCGGAUUGCACCGCAGUACCUUGAGCGGGCCGGCAUUGUCAAGACGGAGCCAUCCGCUGCGCCUUCGCGGCCGACGCGUCACCCCCUUCCAUCGGGAGAUGGCGCGCAUUCGAGCUCCCCGAGUAAAUCGUCGCGCAGCCAAGGCUCGCAGAAGCCACUGGCUCCGGCGCCGCCUGAUUAUAAGAGACCGGGUACCCCUCCCUCGGCUCGGGGUCGCGCCCCGACCGUUGCCAAGACACCGAUGAUUGAGCAGUCGGCAGGGCCCUUGCUCAUGGGCAACGGCGAUGUAGAUCUGAGCUUGGACGAGAACCGUCACAUCAAGCCUCAGUUUAGCUACGCCCAGAUGAUCACGCAGGCGAUCAUGAACACGCCAGAACAAAAACUCAACCUUUCAGGCAUUUAUCAUUAUAUCCAGGCACGCUAUGCCUACUAUAGACAUCAGCCCCCCAAUGGCUGGCAGAACUCCAUCCGGCACAAUCUGUCCCUGAACAAGGCUUUUGAGAAAAUUGCUCGCUCCACGGACGAGCCUGGGAAAGGCAUGAAAUGGCAGCUCGUUCCCGAAUCUCGCGAGGAGAUGAUUCGGUCGGCCUGGCGUGGGGGGCGGGGCGGCCACCGUGGCUCCUCGAACCCGUCGUCGCCAAGCCAACUGAGCUACAUCACUUCAGGACCGAAGGACAUGGCUGCGAGGGACCCUGCUUCGGCCCGUAAGCGGAAGGUGUCGCCGUCUGGGUCUCCGCAACCCCGCUCGACGCUCCGGGAUUCGCAUUUGACUCCCGUACGCGCGACACGCAAGCCCCUGCCAGAUGAAGCCGGAACAGGCGCGGACGGCAGUCCAUUGCCCCGCCUGAGAAAGCCGAAUACAUCGAGCACAUUAGGACUUGUAGAGGCAGCGCCCGCGUCACCGACUCUAACGUCUUCUUAUCUGCAAGACGAUGGCGCGUCUUUCGUCACGCCGGCGCCACACAGAGUGCACCCCAAGCUUGCCCCUCCGAGCACAGCUCAGCGGCCGAGCCAGCACAUGCCGACCAGCUCGCCGGCACCGUUUUGGAAGUACGCCGACAUUGGCAGCACGCCGCUAAAGCCUGCCCAUGCUUCGUUCGAGCUCAGCCCGUCAAAGCCAGGGGUUGGCCUGCCGGCUGCUAGCAGCAGUCCUCCGCCUGUGGCCCGCGGAAGCAAAUCACCAGCACCGAGCCCGACCCGGGCCAGCAGCCGCCCGGCGGUGGAUGACCCCCCGAGCCCAGCCGUGGUUGAGGAAGAGCAUGGCUUUGAUCUGACUAAGGGCUUUCAGAGCAUCGGCAGCUACCACGCGCCAGUUGGGCACGGCAAACAGGUGCAGCCCGCGGCAAACGGUGAUUUGGCCGCCAGUGGCAGCGCUUAG